UUAAUGCAGAAGUGCCGUACUAAGGAAAUGGAAAACCUGGGGAAAUACUAUAUUGCUGCAUCCUAUGUAAAGUAUCUGGAGUCUGCAGGUGCAAGAGUUGUGCCAAUAAGGCUUGAUCUCGAAAAUGAAGAGUAUGAAAAGCUUUUCCAAUCUAUUAAUGGGGUCCUGUUCCCUGGAGGAAGUGUUAACCUCAGGAAGUCAGGUUAUGCCAACACGGCCAAAAUAUUUUACGACCUUGCCAUACAGAGUUUUGAUGAUGGAGACUAUUUUCCUGUGUGGGGCACAUGCCUUGGAUUUGAAGAGCUUUCAUAUCUGGUCAGUGGAGAGUGUUUAUUAACUCACACAGAUACCGUUGGAAUUACAAUGCCGCUGAACUUCACUAAAGGUAUAUUGCAGAGCAGAAUGUUCCGGAAUUUUCCUGCUGACUUGUUGCUGUCCUUAGCAAUAGAGCCUCUGACUGCAAAUUUCCACAAGUGGAGCCUCUCCAAGACGAAUUUUACGAUGAAUGAAAAAUUAAAGGAGUUUUUCAGUGUAUUAACUACAAAUAAUGAUGGCAAGAUUGAGUUUAUUUCAACAAUGGAAGGAUACAAGUAUCCAGUGUAUGGCGUCCAGUGGCAUCCAGAGAAACCUCCUUAUGAGUGGGGGUCAUUCGAUGGCAUUUCCCAUGCACCUAGCGCUGUGAAGGCUGCAUUUUAUUUAGCCGAGUUCUUUGUUUCUGAAGCUCGGAGGAACAGUCAUCGUUUCGACUCCGAGGCUGAAGAGGAGGAGGCGCUGAUCUAUCAGUUCCACCCUGUUUACACUGGAAACAUCUCUUCGUUUCAGCAGAGUUACAUGUUUAACUGAAAGCCUUCCGCAUCUAACAGAUUUUGCAUAAUUCCAUGAUGAAAUUGUUCUAAUAACUUGAUACCCAGGGCAGUGAUGGAAAGCCACAGAGAGUCCUUCUUUGUGAUGUCACUUGUCUCUGAAUCUUCAUUCAGUGUUUGACUAAGUAAUCCCAUUUGAUAAUCACGAGGCAGAUAAGGAAUCAUAGUGUAUUUCCUGUAAAGACUUGCUUUUAUCUCAAGAGCAGGAAAAAAUAAAUUUAUUGAAAAUACAA